CUGUCGGACUAGUUCUACCACGUGCUGGGAGAGUUUGUGUGUGUGUGUGCGCUUUAUCUUCAUGCUUUCACCUACACACACAUGCAUACACACACUUGAGCUGAAGCACACUGCCUGAAACACACACCACACACUCUCCUUUGCUGGCUGUGCGACACCACAAUGGACCACUGUGCUAGACUUUAUUGUAAGGAAUUUGUACAUGAAUGGUCCGCGACGAAGAAUGGUUUGGAAAUAUUAGUUGCCUGAUCCUCUCCCUGAAGAAGUGCAUUGUGGGAGCUUCCUGUCCCGCUGUGCUGGAGGGAGGAACCUCAUGCCCCAGAAAUGUGAAUCAAUCAGCUACUUCAGCCCAGCCCCUUACCAGGACCCACGGAAGCCAUCCUGCAAAGCCCAACUAGACUGGAGGUUAGCAAGCAUGCACCUCAAGCCAUACCCCAACCCCCAGAAGAAGGAGUCUGUGGUGGAGGGCCCCUGCGGCCUGCACGUGGACCAGCAGGGGGCGCUCAAGCCUGAGUGGGGCUUGCGCACGCCCUGCCCUCUGGUGGCCUCCCCUGGCGGCGGUACAGCCAACCGCUGUCCACUGAGCGUCCUCUCCACCAACACACUCAACUCUUCCUCCUCCUCUGCCAACACCACAAACACCACCACCAACAGCAACAACAACAAACUGAGCAGCUCCUGGGCAGCACGAAAGGGCAAAGGGAACCCUCCUGUGCCUGCUAAGGUGGCCCUGACGAGCUCCCUACUGCUCCUGGCUACCCCUGCGGGGCUGGAGAAUGAAGCUUCGCUGCGGAUAUACCAGAGCGAGGAUGGCGACGGGCCCCUGGACAUCUGGGCGGUCAUCAAGCCAGGCAACACCAAGGAGAAGAUCGCCAUCUUUGCCGGUCGGCAGCGCGGGAGGUCGAACGACGGCGGUGUUGGCGGCGGGGUGGGCGACUCUGCCCCGGUGGGAGAGGGAGGUCAACAGGAUACCCGCUUGACGUGCUCGAUGAAGAGCAAGGGCUGCUGGGGUGAGGGCGGCUCGUUGGCCAAGCGUCGGAGGCUGGGCAAAAUGGACAAAUCGAAAGGCCCAGACAUCCAGAGACCGCAGAAUCCAGGGAGACCACCUCCUCCAGUCCCCAUAAGCGAGACGCAAGCUCACCCUGCCGACGAGUCGGAGGAGGGAUCGCCUCAAGUGGAAGGGGAGGAAGGGGGCAGGAUGGUCUCUGUGGUGGAAAUGGUGGCCUUACUGGAGCAGUUGGCGAAUGGCGACCAACACAUGGACUCCAAGCCUGUUUCUCGCAAUUCCAGCACAAUCUCGCUGCCAAAACCCCCCCUGCUCGUGCCGGAGUCCAAAGUGGUGGAGGCGGUGGAUGGUCAGGAGGAGCCGGAGAGCGUGCGGGUGCAGGACAUGGUGGCCCGGCUGGAGUCGGAGUGCCUGAAAAGGCAGAGCUCUCGCGAGUCGGGCGAGCUUUCGCGCAACAACAGCCUGCGACGCAACGUGGCUCGCGUCCUGCUGGCCGGCUCGGAGCCUUAUCAGGCCCCGACGCCGCCAGAAUCGCCUGCUGACCGCCAGGUGGACGAUCAGCAUCUAGUUGAAGGGCCAUCAGUGGAGGAGAGCAAUCAGCCCAAAUCUCAAUCUGAGUCCUUGACCUCACCUCUCCCCUGUGAGCCUCCUGUGGUCGUAGAGAGAGUGGACAAGACCAGAGAGGCCCAGCUAGCUCAGGUGGAGUGCAGAGUACUAGAUACGAGGAAGAGAGCAGAGAAGGACUUUGAGCGUCUGCAGCCUCCUGCUCCAGAGCUGCCUGGAACAAUCGAGGUUGAGGAGCCCAUGCCAGGCAUGCUGUUCUUCAGACAGUCUCCAGCUCAGCUUCUGUCUGAACGGAGAACGCCCCAUCACACAGAGACUAUUACCCACCCAAAAAUAUGCAUAACUGUGGACGCCUCCAUUCCCCCUAAGCCUCGGGACUCUACCCAAUUUGGGGGCUCGUCCAGGAUAUCAAAAGCGCCGCAGUCGCCUGCACUUGCAGGAAAGGCACAGACUUUGCACACGGGUGCGGACAAUGAUUGUAGUGAUCAUGUGACGGCCUUCUCCGCCGGUCCUGACGACGACGGGGAGGAAAGCGACAGCACGGGCCGCGAGGUGGCGUUUCCCCUGCGCCGGCAGGUGUCGCACGAGUUCCUGGAGAUGCGCUUCAAGAUCCAGCAGCUCCUGGAGCCCCAGCCUUACCUGGCCGUGCUGCCGCACCACGUCCUGGUCCAGAUCUUCAGCCUGCUGCCCACCCAGGCCCUGGCCGCCCUCAAGUGCACCUGCCGCUACUUCAAGUCGGUCAUCGAGAGCUACGACGUGCGGCCCACCGACUCGCGCUGGGUGUCGGAGCCGCGGUACCGCGACGACCCGUGCAAGCAGUGCAAGAAGCACUACCGGCGGGGCGACGUGUCGCUCUGCCGCUGGCACCACAAGCCCUACUGCCAGGCCAUGCCCUACGGCCCCGGAUACUGGAUGUGCUGUCGGGGGGCCCACAAGGACGCGCCCGGCUGCAACGUGGGCCUCCACGACAACCGCUGGGUGCCCACCUUUCACCGCAUGAACAUGCCAAUCUAUAAGAACAGAGAGGGUGAUGAUGAGGCCUAGAGUGGGGGUGUGUUUGUGUGCAUGUAUGAUGGAUGUGUCUGUGUGUGUGUGUGUGUGUGUUCUGGGGAGGGAGGAAUGGGAUUGGGACAAUAUAUAUGGGCAAAGUGCAACAAAAAAAAUGAAAUCAGUAUGCUUUUUAUCUGUGAGGGCUGUGUGUGUUUGCAUCAAUAUGUUGCCAUAUGAGUGUAAUAAAUUUUGAAAGUAAUGAUUUUUUUUCUUUUAUUUUUAUGUGUUCUGGGAUGGAUGUGUGAGCAGGUUGCUCAAACUCAUUAAGGAAUCGCUGGAUCUUCCCCUCUGUCCCCCCCCCCCCCCCCCCCCUCCUCCCCCCACCUACCCAACCUCCUGUCAAUCAUGACCAGCUGGCCUAUGAUAACCCCUCCUCAGGUUGUGGCAGUCGGUCUGCACUUUAAAGUCUGCAAGACUUGCCCACUCCAACGGUUUCCUUAACAGAAACGCUGUGUGGGGCCUGCUUGCUUGAAUGAAUUGUUGUGGUUUUGUUUGGAACGAGCAUUAAUUGAACAUUGACUAAGUUAUAUUUGAAAAGAGCAUCUCUGUAAUGUUUGUCCUGACUGUUCAUUUUGAUGCAUACUGAAGCACCCUGACGCGACACCAUUUGUUUCCCAGCUAAGCAUUAAUAUAUCUCUCUCUCUCUCUCUCUCUCUCUCUCUCUCUCUCUCUCUCUCUCUCUCUCUCUCUCUCUCUCUCUCUCUCUCUCUCUCUCUCUCUCUCUCUCUCUCUCUCUCUCUCUCUCUCUCUCUCUCUCUCUGUCAGUUUCCUGUACAUCUACACACUGGGCAUCCCUGAAUGCUGUGGGCAAGCGUGUAUGGCCAUGCACCCUGCUUGCCUUUGUGGCCACACACACACACACACACACACACCAGCCCUACACCCUUCUUUCCUGCUCGGUCCCUCACAGGCUUGGGUGCUUAUUCUAGGUUGUGAGAGGGAGGUGGGUGGAUGGUUUUCUGAGCUCACCUGUUUACAUUGUACAAAGCAUCAAUCAAACACAUCAUAUAUAGAUAUAUCUAUCUACUACAGGGUGAAGAAUGGUUGCAUGUGUAUAACUUGAAUGCAUUUUCUUUUCUGUCGGUUGAAAUGGUUUCCUUUUUAAAAAGUUUCUUUUUUAUAUAUAUAUAUAUAUAUCUAUAUAUAUCCAGACAUAAACUGUCUGUGUAUACAUACGAUCAUACAAAAAAUUAAAAGAAUAUUUGAAAGAUUGGUGUUUACCAUACUUUUACUGUAGGCUUUGCUGACAGGCCAUUGAAAUGGGCAGGAUUGUGACCCCCAGUGCUUUCCAUUUCUUACCGAACUUUGUUUUUUUUUUUGCCUUUUUUUAAAAGAACUUAAAAAAAAUAAUUAGAAGUGUAAGUGUAUUUCAGAUUCUUUUUUUAAAAGGAUUAUAUUGUAUACAGGUUCUCUACUGUUCUCUGCCUCUCGAUACAUUUUACUGUGGUAAAGUGCAUUCAUAGAGAGAUUUGUCAACGGCUGCUCUUGCCUUUCCUUUAGUGUUCUCUCAUAUUCUUCCCACAAAGUGUACGUCCUGUAUGUACAGUAUAUAAGAUGGACUAUAUUCUGCAAUGGAAGUUGGGAGAUGUUGGCCUUAAUGGACUUUUAUCAAAAGUAUUAAUGUCAAUAAAAGACAGAAAUGAAAAAAUCAAA